AUACUGUUUGUUCACUAUAAAACUAUGUGGGGUUUGAGCCUGGCUUGCUUAACCUUCAGUUUGAGAUAUAAGUUGUGUCAAAAUGACUGUAAUUUGCACUGUGUUCAUUUUGCCUUUGCAGAUAACACAAUGGGAAGUGCUGCUCUUUGGUGGAGCAGCUUAUCUGUCAGACUGGUCUAUGUCUUCCUCCUGUGUGUGUCAUUUGGAAAGCAAUGUCAGAUCCAAGAUGAAAUGGCUGACUGCAGACAUCUGAAGCUUUCUCAAAUUCCUUCUGAUCUCCCAAACAAUAUAACGGGUUUGGACAUUUCUCAUAAUCAGCUAAGGCAGCUAGGUCCUGCAAAUCUGACCAGGUACAAUCAGCUGGUUUACCUGAAUGCAGGCUACAACACCAUCUCUAAACUGCAACCAGAAUUGUGCCAAACUGUGCCCUUGUUGCAGAUCCUGAAGUUAGAACAUAAUGAGUUGCAUAAGCUCCCUGACAGAGCCUUUGCUUUCUGCACCAACCUGACUGAGCUCAAUCUAGGAUAUAACAGAAUAGAUAUAAAAAAUGAUCCUUUCAAAACCCUGGAGAACUUGAAUAUUUUGGACCUGUCUCAUAAUUUUUUGAAGUCAGCAAAUUUAGGAUUGCAGCAACAAUUGAAGAACCUUCGUGAGCUCAUAUUGGAUGGCAAUCAAAUCACUCGGUUAAGAAAGGAUGAUUUCAGUUUUCUUAGCAACACCUCAUUGAACAGCCUUGAUUUGUCAUCAAAUCCACUGAAAGAGUUUGACAUAGGAUGUUUACAUGCAAUUGGAAACCUGCUUGGCCUCAUACUGAACAAUGUCAACCUUGGUGAAAAUUGCACAAAGAAACUUUGCACAGAAUUAUCAAACACAGCAAUUCAGAACCUCUCACUGAGCUGUGUGAAACUUUCAUACAUUGGCAAAUCGACUUUCCAGGGAUUGCAUGGAACAAAUCUUACAGUUUUAAACCUUUCCCAAAAUUCUCUGUCUGUGAUCGAAGAUGACUCAUUUCAGUGGUUCUCAAGUUUACAAUACUUAAACCUGAAGCAUAAUAACAUUCAUUUAUCUUCACGUUUAUUUUAUGGAUUAUCCAGCCUCAAACAUCUGAAUCUGAUAAAUUCAAUUAAUGGGAAAAUUGAAGAUUUUUCCUUCCGUUGGUUACACCACCUUGAGUACCUUAUAAUGGAUAAUAACAAUUUUGCAGGAAUAACUCCUAAUAUGUUCACAGGUCUGAACAACCUGAAGUAUCUGAGUCUCUGUAACUGCAACAUAAACUUACAAAGAAUAACUAAUAAAACAUUUUCAUCACUUGCUAAUUCCAGUCUGCAGGUUCUCAACCUCACAAAAACAAGAAUAUCUACAAUAGAAAGUGGGGCAUUUUCCACCUUGGGACACCUAAAAAUUCUUGAUCUUGGUCUUAAUGAAAUUAGUCAAGAGCUUGAAGGUCAUGAAUUUAAAGGUCUCAAUAAUAUACAAGAUAUUUAUCUUUCCUACAAUAAAAAACUGGAUUUGCAAAGUGAAUCAUUUAUUUUUGUCCCAAGCCUUAGAAAACUGAUGAUGAGAAAGGUAGGCUGCAGUAAUCUGGCAUUUUCUCCUUCACCUUUUCAUCCUCUACGAAAUCUGACUGUCCUGGAUAUCAGCAAUAACAAUAUAGCAAACAUGAAAGAAGACUUGUUUGAUGGACUUCACAAACUUUACAUUCUGGAUUUGCAGCACAAUAAUUUAGCCCGACUUUGGAAACAUGCAAAUCCAGGCGGCCCAGUCCUUUUUUUAAAAAAUCUUCCCAACUUGCAUAUUCUUAAUUUAAAAUCAAACGGGCUUGAUGAGAUUCCAGUUCAGGUUUUCAAGGGUCUGUCUCAAUUAAAAACCUUGGAUUUAGGAUCGAAUAAUUUGAAUUUGCUUCCAGCAACCCUGUUUGAUGACCAAGCCUCUCUGAAUUCAUUGAACCUUCAAAAAAAUCUGAUAACCUCAGUUGAAGAAAAAGUGUUUGGCCCAGCUUUCAACAGCCUGAGAAUUCUGGAGAUGGAUUCCAAUCCAUUUGAUUGCACCUGUGAAAGCAUUUCUUGGUUUGCUGAUUGGCUUAAUGUGACCCAAGCAUAUAUACCUGGAUUGCAAUCCCAGUACAUUUGCAACACCCCCCCUAAAUACCAUGGUAGCCUGGUGUUUCAUUUUGACAGCUCAGCCUGCAAAGACAGUGCUCCUUUUAAACUUUUGUUUGUGAUUACUGCCACUACUGUGACACUAUUCAUUUUUAUUGUUCUUAUCAUCCAUUUAGAAGGGUGGAGAAUAGCCUUCUACUGGAAUAUUUUAGUAAGUCGAAUACUUGGUUUUGAAGAACUUGACAGACAGCAAGAAGAGUUUGAUUAUGAUGCCUACAUCAUUCAUGCAAGGCAGGACAAGAAUUGGGUGUCUAAGAAUUUCAUGUCUCUGGAAGAAAACUUUCGAAUUAGCUUUUGUUUAGAAGAACGGGACUUCGAAGCAGGCAUAUCUAAAAUUGAAGCCACAAUUAACAGUAUAAAAAGGAGCAGGAAGAUUAUUUUUGUUGUGACUGAACACCUCUUACAGGAUCCCUGGUGCAAAAAUUUUAAGGUGUAUCAUGCUCUUCAGCAAGCUAUUGAACAAAGUCGUGACUCCAUCAUAUUGAUCUUUUUUCAUGAUAUCGAAGAUUACAAGUUGUAUCAUGCACUUCGCCUGAGAAGAGGAAUGUUCAGAUCUCGCUGCAUCUUGAACUGGCCAGCCCAGAAAGAACGAGUCGGUGCAUUUAAUCAGAAAUUAGUGAUGGCACUUAAAUCUAAUAGCAAAGUGCACUGAAUUUUGACAAUACGGAUUUGAAUUAUGGGGUCA